UUUUGUAUCAUACAGUUUGCUGGUAUAAGAACUAAAAAUAUCUCGAGUUGUCAGUUUAACACCAAAUAGUUGAUUUGGAAGUUUGGCAUCAGGAGAGACAGACAGAGAGGGUAUUUUAAUUUGAGGAGAUGCCAAAGUCCAGGAAGUCAAGCAAGAAGAAUGGAAAACAGGCAGACAAACCAGAAAACCAGUGGGUACAUGUCGAGGAAACGCCCCAACCUGACAGUUGGGAGAUUGUAGAAGAUGCGAGUCUCCAGGAGGGUGAGGGACCCCCAAAGGUUGAAGGUCAGCGGGGUGCAGAGGAGCCCCUCAAAGAAGCAGCUCCACUGGAUGAUUCAGUUUCCCAGGAGGAUGUAGAUGAUGAUCUGAUAGUAAUAUUGGAAGAUUCGUGUCAACAAUCUCUUGAUCUAUCUUUAGUAACAGGGAAAAUCCCUCAGGAAUCACCAAAGCAGGAAUCUCCCUCAUCUGAGGAAUCCCCUAUCACUUCACAUGAGGAAUCCCCUAUCACUUCACACGAGGAAUCCCCUAUUACUUCACAUGAGGAAUCCCCUGAAAGUGAACUGGACAAGAGCUCAGAUUUUCAGAUAAUUGAUCACUCUGAAGAUGAGUCCUCUAACGAAACUGAUCUGCUUUUGGAAAAUGAGAUUUUAGAGACAGCCAAACGAAAUGUUUCCUUGAAAUAUUCUCAUAUAGUUCGUCAGAGCUCUCCACCUACUGCUGAACCAUCAGUACAAUCUACAUCUGCACUGACCUGCACUGGGACUCCUGUUCCACCUGUGGGGAAGUCACUGGUGGCUGAAAAGUCUCUUUCAAUGGAGAGACAGUCGAGUAAGGAGGCUGCCUUAACUGAUAAGAAACAGAGGUCUGGACAGGGUGCUAAACCAAAGACAGAGAUAGAAGGUCCUAGAACAAUAGUACCAGACAAACCAGUCAGUCCUAGCCAAGGAAAAGAUGUUUCAGUAGAAGUAACUGAAACUGAUGAGACAGCUAGUUCUCUAGAACCCACAUCUCAAAAAACAACCCAAGGGGCUGCUACGGAUGUUUGGACAGGAUUUGUAGAAAAGAAAUCCAAGAAACAGAAGAAGAAGGAGAAGAAAAGACAGGCUACUGUUGAGGCUACUGCAGAUGAUAGUGAUCAAACAGCUAAUCCAGAUUCAAAAGAUUCAGAAGAUCAACAGAUUACUCAAAAAUCUGAGCAAGAAGCAAGCUCAGUCCAGAAGGAAUAUUUUGAAACAUUCAGCAAGAAUAAGAAGCAGAGAGAUCUAGCUACCAUGUCAAUUCUGCUAGCAAAGGAUCAGACCAUUGAUGACCUUCAGGAUGAAGAAGAAGAUGCCAAUACUGAGGACCUUUGUGUCGAAGAAGCUGUUGCCAAUACUGAGGACCUUCAGAAUAAAGGUACUUUUGCCAAUACUGAGGACCUUAAAGGAAAGAAAUCAGAUGCUGGUACUAAAGGACCAAAGAGAAGUCUGGAAGUGGUAAGAGAAUCAUCUGUACCAGAGGAGACCGAGAGUAUAUCUGGUGGUUCUGAAGAAACAGCUAGUGUUGCCGGUACUGAGGACUCUUCUGAUAGACCUGAUGGCGAUGGUGGUAAGGACAUUGAUGACCAGAUUGUUCCCAAGAAAGUUUCCAAAUCAGCCAGGAGACGCAAAAAAUUGAAAGAAAAAAUGGCUAAAGUGAUUGAGAAUUUCUCUAAUCCUGUUCUGGUCAUGGAAAAAUAUGAAAAAACUUUUGGAGAAGAUUAUAUACCACCCAGUAAAGUUCUGGACACAGCUGUAGAUAGUUCUAUAACUUGUCCUGUUUGUCUGGAACUAUACUAUCAUCCCUAUCGUGUGGAACCCUGCGGUCAUGUAUUCUGUGAGCUCUGCUUGAGAAAACUGACCACUAGGUCCUGUCUAGAUAUUCCCUGUCCAUUGUGUAGGAAAAUUAUACAGUCUUGCCAAUUAGAUGAAGAACUGUCACACCAUAUUACCAAGUCUUUCCCUGUCAAGUCUGCUGCUAGAAACCGAGCUGAACGCAAGAGCAAAACCAAGAAAAAUCCUUUACCUAGAAUGGACAUGGAGCCAGGGAAACCUGUAUCUAUUAAAGAUAUCCACGCUAGAGGAGGUAUACUACCUCUUAAAGUCUUUAUAUACAAGAUAAGACACGUAACGGUAUUGGAGAGUGUUAUAUAGAGAUUAUAUUCUUUAGUCUGGUAAGUCCAACUGAUGAAUAUAAUAUACUCUAUAUACAUGUCCAUUCUAUGAGGCAGUAUUCCUUUAUACUUUCUUGAUUUUGUUGAAAUAUAAUUAAGAUUUGGUAAGACUCAAAAUAUUUCAAAGAUCAGACUGUAUUCUGAGUUGAUUGUUGUUUUGUUUUAAUCUUAUUUAUUUAGUUGAAUAAAGAUUAGUUCAAAUGGU